CCUUCAUAUCCCUCCACACACUUUCGUUCCUUCCAUCAUCCGCACUGACUGUACACCUCGUCCACAGGCAUCAUGGUGCUUGAUUUAGACCUGUUUCGCACCGACAAAGGCGGCGAUCCAGAAAUCGUGAGGGAAACGCAGAGGAAACGGUUCAAAGAUGUGUCUCUGGUGGAUAAACUGGUCGAGGCGGACACAGAAUGGAGGAAAUGUCGCUUCACUGCGGAUAAUCUUAACAAGGCCAAGAAUCUGUGCAGCAAAGCCAUCGGGGAAAAAAUGAAGAAAAAAGAGCCAGUUGGUGAUGAUGACACUCUUCCAGAAGAGGCUCAGAAUCUGGAAGCCCUCACAGGAGAAACUUUAUCACCCCUCACGGUGACUCAGAUAAAGAAGGUGCGGUUACUGGUGGACGAGGCCGUGCAGAAAACAGACAGCGAUAGGUUAAAGCUGGAGGCCGAGCGUUUUGAGUACCUGAGAGAGAUCGGCAACCUCCUGCAUCCCUCUGUGCCCAUCAGCAAUGAUGAGGAUGCUGAUAAUAAGGUGGAACGCACCUGGGGCGACUGCACGGUGCAGAAGAAGUACUCUCAUGUGGACCUGGUUGUCAUGGUGGAUGGAUACGAAGGGGAAAAAGGAGCCAUCGUGGCUGGAAGCAGAGGAUACUUCCUCAAGGGGCCUUUAGUUUUUUUGGAACAGGCAUUAAUUAACUAUGCCUUGCGGAUCCUGUACAGCAAGAGCUACACCCUCCUGUACACACCCUUCUUCAUGAGGAAAGAAGUCAUGCAGGAGGUCGCUCAGCUCAGCCAGUUUGACGAGGAGCUCUACAAGGUGAUCGGGAAGGGAAGCGAGAAGUCUGAAGACAAUACGGUAGAUGAGAAAUAUUUGAUUGCCACAUCGGAGCAGCCAAUCGCCGCCUUCCUCAGAGAUGAGUGGCUGAAGCCAGAAGACCUUCCCAUCCGCUAUGCCGGCAUGUCCACCUGCUUCAGACAGGAAGUGGGCUCUCACGGCAGAGACACACGUGGGAUCUUCAGGGUCCAUCAGUUUGAGAAGAUUGAGCAAUUUGUCUACGCCUCUCCAUAUGACGGCAAGUCCUGGGAGAUGUUUGAUGAGAUGAUUGGAACCGCUGAGGAGUUUUAUCAGUCUUUAGGAAUCCCCUACCGGAUCGUCAACAUUGUGUCAGGUGCUUUGAACCAUGCUGCUAGUAAAAAGCUGGAUUUAGAGGCUUGGUUCCCAGGCUCCCAGGCUUUUAGAGAGCUUGUGUCAUGCUCAAACUGCACAGACUACCAGGCUCGUCGCUUGCGUAUUCGCUACGGGCAGACCAAGAAAAUGAUGGACAAGACUGAGUUUGUGCACAUGCUAAAUGCCACCAUGUGUGCGACCACUCGUGUUAUCUGUGCAAUCCUGGAGAACUUUCAGACAGAGGAAGGCAUCGUUAUUCCAGAACCCCUCAAGGCAUUCAUGCCUCCAGGUUUGACAGAAAUGAUCAAGUUCGUGAAGCCAGCCCCUAUCGACCAGGAGGCAACCAAGAAGCACAAGAAACAGCAGGAAGGAGGGAAGAAGAAGAAACAGCAGGGUGGUAAUGCUGAUCUAGAGAACAAGGUGGAGAACAUGUCAGUCAAUGACUCCUAGACCCCUUUCAGUCCCAUCCAAUCAUUACAAGCCUUCUGUUUUGUGUACCCCAUUCAUAAUCAUUGUCCAAUGAAACUGUCACACUGUCAUAUCCCUCCCUCAGUUUACCUCUCCUGGGACAGUCCUAUGAAAAUAAGAAAGAAGUACCUUUGUAUUAUAAUUCUGCUGUUGAAUUAAAGGGAACAUGCAUGGUUACAUUCUGCAUCAAGUGCCACAUUAGAGGUGGGAAUUUUAGGAUAUUCUGAAUGGAAACCAGUUAUGGAUAACAGACAGACCUCUUUCAAUAUUCUCCCUUGAAGUUAAUGAUUGCGCUAUAAAUAAAGUGAAGGUCAUUUUUGAUUACUGUGCACUUACUAGACACAUUGUCACAAAAGUUAAAACAGAAAAAAUGCAGCUUCCUCUCAUUCAGAUCUGUCUUAUCCUUCAUAGAAACAUUACUACUUCUGAUUUGUCUGUAAAACAGGGAAUGCUAUUAUAUGUACAGUACUUGCUUAAGAUGCUAUGUGUGAGGAAUAUGAUGGCAUUUGAGAAUAAAUCAAUACCUGAAGGAGAA